AUGGUGAAGUGGACAGCAGAGGAACGCGCCGCAAUACAGGGGGUAUUCGCGAAACUUGACUACCAGUCAGUGGGCCGCGACAGCUUGGCGAGAUGUAUGAUCGUCUACCCCUGGACUCAGAGAUAUUUUGGUGGCUUUGGCAACUUGUAUAACGCCAGCGCGAUCUUGGCUAAUCCAAUGGUCGCAGCGCACGGAAUGGUCGUGCUCCAAGGACUGGAGAAAGCUCUCAAGAACAUGGAUGACAUCAAGAAGACCUACGCUUCUCUCAGCGAGCUUCACUCCGAAAAACUGCACGUUGACCCAGGCAAUUUCCAGCUGUUAGCUGAUUGCCUGACCGUGGUCGUCGCUGCACGCAUGGGGACUGAGUUCACACAAAGCGUCCACGCUGCGUGGCACAAGUUCCUCUCUGUUGUUGUGUCAGCUCUAACCAAGGAGUAUUACUAGAUUCUCUGAAAGUAAAGGAGAUUGUCCUGUAAUGAGAAAAAUAUGAUAUAAAAUAAAUGAUUGAGAUCAUUUUGACUUGAGUUGUCUCUUCAUUAAAUUGCCUCUUUAAUAAAAUCAAACAAAGGGUUUAUGUACAAGCUACCACGCUCAUUAAAACAUGAUAUAAUUGCAGAAGUGUUAAUAACACAGCUUUAGUAACAGGCAUGAAGGUUUUUGCCAGCAUGCAGCAAGGAAGUUUGAGGUUUUUGUUCACUCUGAUAAGAUCUCCACUUCCUGCCCUGCCUCUCCUCACAAGACCAUAAAAAGGCAAUGAAAUUAACAAAGAAAAAUAUUUUAACAGCAUUGAAUUAUUUUGGUUAUUACUCAUAUCAACAAGUACUAGGUCUAUAUUUUUAAAAGAAAAAGCUGUAGGCUAUUAGUUAAUCAUGACUACAUAAACAAACAAUGAUCAACUGUAUUUUCAUAAAUUAACAUCGCAAGAUUUAUACGUUUUAAUAAAAUAUUGCUCAUUGUUACUUCAUGAUACCAACAGC